AAUUUGUGUAUGCUACAAAAUGUCAUUCUGUGUAUUAUUAAGUUUUUCAUAUAUGUACAACUUCCUUAUUCAUUAGGAAAUUCCUAAAUACACCUGGUACCAUUGACAUGAAAGUUAAAGAAUGAGAUUUAUUUACCGGAAAUAUUUCUUUAUACUUCUGGUCAGCUGUUGCAUUUGUUCAAGCAAUGCAUGUCCGACGUCUUGUUAUUGCCAAGCUGUGUCAGAGGGAGGAAAUGUAGACUGUAACACAAAGGGACUAAAUAUAGUGCCAACAAAUAUUCCAACUUAUGUUAAGAAACUGUAUCUGUUUAGUAACAGCAUUGAAAUGCUGAACAAGGAUUCUUUCUCAGGCUUGAUAUCGUUGAAUGAAUUAUAUUUAUACAGUAAUUCAAUAAAAGACAUCAACAGAGAAGUGUUUUCUGACCUAACGAAUUUGGAAAUAUUACAGUUAGGUGAUAAUGUGAUUGGAAACCUUGACAGUAGUUUCUUUGAAAACUUAGAUAAAUUAACAAAUUUGCAUUUACAACAAAACAAUAUAACAACGCUCCCAGAAAAUGUUUUCUCAAACCUGAAGUCGUUGCAAGUUCUAUAUCUGUAUGAAAAUUCCAUACAGGAAUAUGAUACAGAUGUGUUCAAGGGUCUUUAUCAGCUUCGGGAAUUAUAUCUUCAAAAUAAUAGGAUAUCAAACCUAACGACCAAUGUUUUCAUCGACCUUCAAUUGAUGGAGAUAUUGGACGUUUCACAAAACCAAUUACAGAGUCUACCAUCAACUGUAUUUUCGAACCUCACAUCGUUACGAAUCUUAUACAUUUACAGUAACUUUAUAACAACACUAAGUGAACAUACAUUUUGGAAUCUAGAUAACCUUGAACAAAUAGAUAUAUAUGACAACAAAAUAUCAACCAUUGAAAAUUCCUCGUUUGGGGAUCUUCCAGCUCUGACGAAAAUUCAAUUGCAUUAUAACUUAAUCAUCUGUGAUUGCUACAUACGGUGGUUUCGUGAUUGGCUACUAUCCCGACCUACCCUUAGGAACAGCUUAUGCCACAUGCAAAACUUCUGGAACAUAUAUAACAGAUGUGACUGAUGAUACUUUUGAAGAAUGUAACGGUAAAAAGCCGUGCCCAAGUGGAUGGACUGGUCAAAAUUGUGAUGUAGAUAUUGAGCAUCCAAUUAUGUUUGAUUGUCCAGGCAAUAUGAUUGCCUUCACUUCAGAAUUGACAAAGACUGUGGAAUGGUCUGUACCAGAGUUUAUCGAUCCACACAAUGAAACUUUGGAGGUGUUUGCAAAUUAUCCUGAAGCCAAAUG